AGUCUGCAGGCAGGAGCAGGAAGUUGUAUCGUUUUGUUGAAACGCAGGAACUCCGAUGGCUUUACGAAGCCACGGGCUCCGGGCAGAAGGCGAGGCGCGGCUCUUUCCGACCCUCUCUCCAGCCAUCCCCUCCUCCCUGAAGCUGGGGCUGACCAUCGCCUACACUGUCUUCUACUCGCUGCUCUUCGCGUUUGUCUACGUCCAGCUCCUGCUGAUUCUACACUAUAGGCACAAGAGACUGAGCUACCAGACUGUGUUCCUGUUUCUCUGCUUGAUCUGGGCUGCUCUGAGGACAGUUCUCUUCUCGUUUUAUUUCGAGGACUCUGCGCAAAUAAGUUCGCUCGACCCCUUCUCCUUCUGGCUCCUUUACUGCUUCCCUGUUUGCCUUCAGUUCUUCAGUUUAACGUUGAUGAAUCUAUACUUCACCCAGGUGAUCUUUAAAGCAAAAUCCAAGUAUCAUCCAGAGCUUCGAAAAUACAGAACCCCCCUUCAGCUGGCUUUCCUGUUGGCUAGUCUCUUUUUCUUCCUGGUCAAUUUGACCUGUGCCCUGCUUGUGAAGAUCACACACAGUGAAACCAGGACCAUUGUGUUUGUCCGUGUGGCCGUCAAUGACACCCUCUUCGUGCUGUGUGCAGUCACCCUCUCUGUGAGCCUGUACAAGAUCGCUAAAAUGUCCCUGGCCAACAUCUACUUAGAAUCGAAGGGCACAUCAUUGUGUCAAGUUGUAGUGGUGGGAUUGCUAAUUAUAUUACUGUACACAUCAAGAGCUUGCUACAACCUGGUCGUGAUUACAUUCGCCUACUACAAUCACGUGAAGAUGCUUGAUUAUGACUGGUAUAAUGUGUCUGAUCAGGCAGAUCUGCAGAUUCAACUGAGGGAUAAGGAGUACUUAGUGUUCGGUGUGGUCCUAUUCAUCUGGGAACUGCUUCCCACUGCUCUGGUUGUCCUGUUUUUUCGUGUAAGAAGGCCCAUUCAAAGUCUGAUGGGGAAUAGAAUACCUUACAGCCAUGGAUUCACUUCCAGAGCAUUUUUCUUUGAUAAUCCUCGACGUUAUGACAGCGACGAUGACUUAGCCUGGAACACAACAUCUUACAGUGCAAUCAGCAGCACUCCUGAUCAAUAUGGCUCUAGGAACCAAAGUUAUGAGGAAUUUGCUUCCUUUGUCUCAGAUACUUAUGCACCAAUAGUAGCGGAAGAUCAUCUGCACAACUCCACCCCAUCAUUCAUGAUCUGAAGAAAUAUCACUUUUCAAUAAACUCAUCAACUGUACUCUAGUUAUCAGAUAUUACCGAAGAGAUCCACAAAUGGUGUAGCUCGACUGGCUAUUAAACUGGACCAUGGACGUGUCUAUGCAAAGGACUGUUUCUUUUUACUGACAUGUUACUUUUGUGAAUGUGAUUUUAAAAAAAAGUUGAUCCAUUUAUGUGAUUAAUGUAGCUAUCAUGAAUUAGAAUAAUUUCUGUGAAUAUUGUACAGUCCCCAUUAGAAUCUACAAUCCAAAUCAGAAUAAAUUUGACAAUUUCCUUUA